UAUUCUUUUCUACCUGCACUCUCACCUCAAAAGAUGUAUGGAUCUGCGCCGCCUGAUUUUUGAAGGCAAGAAGAUAUGAUGCAAAGGGAUUUUGGAAAGAAUUACAGAAAGUGUGGGCACAUCGGUUGGAGACUCAUCUGUUGAUAGUGGGACAGAGAAAGUGAGAAACAAACUGUAUCCGAAGAGUGGAAGAUUAAGAACGUGACUGCCUACUGAACAUGAAUGAAUGGAUUACAAAGAAACCUUUGGAAUGGCAAGAAUACGUGAACAAAGAAGUAAAAGUCACGGCGGACGAAAAAAAUACAUUCCAAGGAUGGGUCUUCACAGUUGAUCCAGUCUCAGCAAGCAUUGUCCUAGUGAACUUCCUGGAUGCUGGCAAGGUGUCUGUUGUGACUGUUAUGGGACACGCAAUCCAAUCGGUGGAAGUGAUGAAUGAAGACGGAAACCAUACAGCUGAGAGACUCUCUGCUUUAUUCAAGCCUGCAAACGCCAGAAGCUACAGUAAAGAUGAGCUUGAACAACGGAAAUCCAGCCUUAAAUCUUGGCUGGAGAAGAACCUUAUUCCAGUCACAGAACAGGGGAGUCAGCGGGAUGUGCUGUGUGUGGCUGGAGUAUUGACAAUUUCUCCACCAUACUGUCCUGAAGACUGUAAUAGUUCAAAUGAAAUUAUUUUAUCAAGGGUUCAGAGUCUUAUUAAGUGUAACCCAACUUGUGAACAUCAUAAAAAUUAAUGAGAAUAAAGUUUUACUAUUAAAUUUA